AUGACUAAGUCACUCACAUUCACUAAGCUACUCUUCUUUCCAGUCAUCAUAGCAGCGUCCCCUCUUGUGUGGUCUUCCUGUGGUACGAACUUGGAGUGUUCAACGAUUUCUGUGCCUCUUGAAUACGAAUGUUCGCCGAAGUCUAAGGCCAAUGCUAGCAUAGCACUGGUCAGACACGUUUCUACAGUAUCUUCCUCACGUCGUCUUGGCUCCCUCCUCGUAAAUCCUGGUGGUCCAGGAGCAUCCGGAGUCUCUUUCGUGAAGGCGGGAGCUGGGGCAGCAAUAUCAACUCUCACGGGAGGUGUUUAUGACAUUAUCGGAUGGGAUCCGAGAGGCGUUGGCGAGUCGUCGCCCUUGCUUCAGUGCUUCCCCAAUGCUUCAGCGGAAUAUGAAUUCUCAGAGAAACUGCCAGGAAGCCCCAAUCUGUGGCUGGGAAUGUUUUCAAAUUCAAGCUAUGAUACCGAGGUAAAAACUAGAGUCGAGGACUUCGACAAUGCUGUUGCCGGACUUGCCAAUGCCUGCGUUGUUGAGAACUCUGCUGCUCUCUAUACCUCCUCUGCUGCAUAUGUAGCAAGAGACAUGGCAGCUAUCAUUGAUGCAGUCGAUGGACCGGGUGCGAAGUUGAACUAUUGGGGCUUCUCGUAUGGCACUAUAUUCUUGACCGAAUUUAUUCAGGCAUUCCCCUCCAGGGUAGGACGAAUAGUUGCCGAUGGAGUCGUGAAUCCAGAAACGAAUGCUCUGACAUAUGAGAGCCAGCUUCCGCUUGACCAGAUAUCUGUCAGAGAUGCACUUAACGAUUUCAUAGCAUUCUGCGAGGGCGCUGGCUCAAACUGUGCCUUCUCUGCGCCGCCGGUUGGUGUAACUUCAACGCUCAAACAACGCAUGGAUGCAUUAUUUGAGACACUUUUUCUGGAUCCAAUCGAUUUUUUUGGUAAUGCGAUCAGCCUUGAUAGCUUCAAUGUUUUCUUGUGGUCGUUUAUGAGGGUGCCCGUGACCUGGUCUCGUGUUGCAAGUAUCCUCCAAGGCCUCGAGGGUCGCAAUGCGACUUUGUUGGUCGACUUGGUCUCGUCACAAGCAGCUGCUGCGCCAAUAGACCCAGCAGCCCCAGGAGUUGGCACGCAAAGCGUGUAUCCCCUCAAUUGCAUAGAUAAUGCGGCAUCAAGUGGUAUCACAAUACAGGAUGUGGUCGACCUAACGAAGUCGAUUUCUCUGCAGGAGAACACACCUUUCUUAUCAGCUGGCCUCACGCCCAUCAGCUUUUGCCGUAACUUCCCAGACAAGCGGCCCCUUCUUCCAGGCGCGGGAAUAUCAUCCAUGUCGUAUACAGACGCCGUGUUGUACUCCAUGAAUACAACUAUCCUCAUCGUUAAUCCUGACCAUGAUUCCGUAACACCUCUUGUCUCCGCCAGGAAACUUCGGUCUCUGCUCCCCAGAUCAUCAAAACUUGCACGGAGGGGUGGGCCUGGUCACACCUCUGUCUCCUAUGCAUCUCUGUCAUUAUCACAGACUAUACACGACUUCUUUGUUUCAGGGGCAUUGCCAGAAGAUGAGGUUUACCACAAAGCUGAUCAAGAUCUGUUUCCCGCCGGUUCAGGAGUCAAUCUAGUGUCUGCUGCUGCUUUCAACGGAACUUACACAGAAGAAGAGUUGAACAUACUGGGCGCUACCUAUGCUGUGCUACUCUCCUUUCUUGCGAUUGCUUAA